GAGAACUCUACAAAAACCCAAAUUCUCACUUUCGGUCCACAAGAGAAGCUAAAUCCUGAACCAGAGACGUCCAAGGAUGCCCAAGCUUCUUCCCAUUGCUGCUCUCCACUUAGCACUGCUUCUCUUCCAUACCCAUUUCUCAAUCUGUGAUGGGGUCUCAGUUUUAGGCUUAAAUUCAGCACCAAACAGUGAAAUCGAUGUCAUGGUGAGAAGGGUUUGCACCACAACGGUAGAAGAUUGCUUAGCAGGACCAGAGAUGGAAUCAGAGAGCAGUAGGAGAGUUCUGGUGAUGCAGAAGAAGUACAUUAGCUACGAGACGCUGAAGAGGGACCUUGUUCCUUGUGCAAAGCCUGGUGCUUCCUACUAUGCUUGCAAUGCUGGUCAGGCAAAUCCUUACAACAGGGGUUGUGAGGUGAUUACAAGGUGUGCUAGGAACAUUAAAGACAUCAAAACUUGAAACCCAACAGCAUCUACAGUGAAAUGAUCUUUUGGAAGUGGUCAUGUGUUGUGGGUUUUUGGGAUUUUGGUGUCUUUCUGAUUUUGUUUAUCUUGUAUGUAUAUUUAAGACCCUUAUUUUAUUUUGCUAUAAAUGCAAUUUUAGCUUUAAUUUUGGGAGAUCUGGUUUCCCUUCAGGUGUAUUCUAAUCCUAACUUAUGCUUCUUUGGGAAAUUAAAUGAAUAUGAACUUACCAU